AUGGCGUCCUUUCCGGAAACUCGCCAGGCCCGUCGUCGGUAUUCAAGCUGGAGCCAGCCGUUGCUGGCAGCAGGGCAGCUGGUUGAUGCAGGCAAGACUUCAAGCUCCAGCUCUUCAUCACAUGCUUCCGAUUCAGAGGAGGAGGAAGACGAAGAUGAGCAGGUCCCGAUGCACAAGGUGCACAGUCUCCCGCUCGAACGGUCGCAGAACGGAGGUUAUGCAGCCGCCAAUCCUCGGAUGCGGAAGGUUCAGAGCCUCUCCACGAAACAGUCCGAACUGCGCAGAAUUCUGGAAGACAGUGCUCAGAUAGACCAGGAGCAACACGGUUGCGAACCAGGAGAGGCACUGCAGGGCUAUCAAGGCAAGAAGGCUUCCCGGAGUCGCCAACCAACGAUGGAGAGAGCGGACAGGCGUCGUUCGCAAACAUUCAAAAGUAUUACCAUCCCCGAGGAGGUUCUGCAGGUUGCUGAUGGCAGCUCUCCUGACUCCCCAACGAACCACGAGGAAGAGUAUGGAGAUUCGGAGCGACCAACCGGACCCGUCAGGCGCAGGUCUAGAUCGUUGCGAAUCUCUGCAGUGUCGAUAAACACAGACUCUAUAGCAGCCAGCAUGGAAGCUGACGAGGAGGCGCAGCGCUUCCUGGAACCAGGCUCUGGUGCACCUGCACCCAAGCACCCCAUGGACAGGAACCCGGAAAUGGAAGCUCAACGCGCAGCAGCUAUCGAGAAGGUGGCUCUUGCUGCUCGAAAGGUGACACAGAAGCUGGAGAAGCAACAGCAGGCAUUGGAUUCGCGCCGACGCAAGCGCUAUCAGAGCGCGCCGGCCGCACAACUUCUCAGCCAAGCGCGCGUGGCUGUGGAGGAAGCUUCAAGCGAACGGUUCGAGACCACCUCCGUCGCAGGAGGAAUCCCUGCAGUUGCUAUUUUCGACUGGGAUGACACUCUCUUCCCUACAAGGCAUGUCACUGAAGUGGUUAAGGCUGUCCACACCAAGGACGGUCCUUUGCCAGCUGAGUCGCCCUUCUACGCUGAGCUGAAGGCGCAUGCACAGGUCGUCGAGGCAAUCCUCCUCGCCGCGCGAGAGGUCGUCGGACGUGUCAGUAUUGUGACACUCGCUCGCCGGCCUUGGGUGGAGACUUCGGCAUCAUGGUACCUUCCUGGCGUUGACUUUGAGAAGCUGAUGCAGGACUUGGAGAUCGAGGUGUUUUAUGCUCGCGAACAUAUCACACGACCACACAUCUACAACGCUCAGUUGGAGGAGGGCGUCGACAUGUUCGUGAUUGCGAAACGGAACGCGAUGCUCAGGUGCCUGCGCAAGCUCUACGGUGCCAAAGCGAAGAGCAUGCACGUAAUCUGCGUGGGUGACUCGACAGUGGAGCAUCUCGCCAUCAAGGAGGUGCUGUGGUGCUGCCCGCAGGAGGCAGGCAGCUAUUGCAAAACCAUAAAAUUGAUGUCAGACCCCUCGGUUCAGAACCUGACUGAAGAGCUGCAGGUGCUUACUUCCUGGCUCCAGCAAAUUGUCGUAUGUGUGAAAGAUUUCGACAUCAGCUUCGAGUCGGAAGACUUUCUGGAGAAAAUGGCUGCCGCGCUCGGUGGUACUGAAUGA